AAUGAAAUGCUUUUAGGUAAGGCAAGGUUACAGAUCUUGAACUUAACUUUGGAUCUAACUUAUUUGUCUCUAGAAUUUCAUAUAACCACGCACAGCGCUCCAUGCCGAUUUGUCAGUCUGUUUCAGUGCCCGAGGCUCCGAGUUGUAAUUACGCGCAAUUAGAGCUCCAAAUCAACCCAUCUUUUGCUUAUAAAUACUUGGCAUCCGAAACAAAAACCAUGUAAUCUCCUGACUUCUCUCAAUUCACUCUUUUUCACCUCUUUCUCAAGUCUUGUCUUUCAUUUCUGGAAUAUCAAAUGGAAACAUUGACAUCUCCACAGCAGCAGAGUUCUGGACCCAUAACUCGUGGGUGCCAAUGGUUCAAGGCAUUGCCAAACAAAUUUUGUGAUAAAACAAUGGAGAUUGUAAGGAAGACAAAGAAACUCGGACAAGAUGAUCCUAGAAGAAUAGUUCAUUCCCUAAAAGUAGGGCUAGCUCUAACGCUUGUUUCAUUGUUCUACUACUUUAAGCCACUCUAUGAUGGUUUUGGAGACAGUGCAAUGUGGGCUGUUCUAACUGUUGUAGUUGUCUUAGAAUUCUCCGUCGGUGCAACACUAGGUAAAGGUUUCAAUAGAAUGUUGGCGACAUUCGUUGCAGGUGGCUUGGGCGUUGGAGCUCACUGCUUAGCAACUCUUGCUGGAAGAAAAGGGGAACCCAUCUUGAUAGCAACUUUUGUCUUCAUUAUAGCUGUAAUUAUGACAUUUAUGAGAUUCUUCCCAAAAAUGAAAGCGAGAUAUGACUAUGGACUGUUGAUAUUCAUUUUGACCUUCUGCUUAGUAUCUGUAUCGGGUUACCGAGAUGACCAAGUGCUAAAAAUGGCCCAUGAAAGGUUCUCAACCAUCUUAGUUGGUAGCUGUGCUUCUCUCAUUGUUUGUAUCUGCGUUUGCCCGGUUUGGAUCGGUGAGGAUCUCCACAACUCCGUAGUUACUAACAUGGAAAAGCUUGGGAAUUUUUUUCAAGCCUUUGGAGACGAAUAUUUCGAAGUAUCUGAAGAACAUGAUCAGUCCAGUGAGAAUAAUAAGUCAUACCUUCAAGGAUAUAGAAGUGUUCUAACCUCUAAAAGCAGUGAAGAAACAAUGGCUAAUUUUGCAAGAUGGGAACCCGGCCAUGGACCAUUCGGGUACCGUCAUCCAUGGAAAAUGUACCUGAAAAUUGGAAACCUUACUCGGGACUGUGCAUACAAAGUUGAAGCUCUUAACAACUACCUUAACUGUAAAAUCCAGACUCCUGUAGAAAUCCGUGGGAAAAUUCAAGGGCAGUGCAAAAGGGUCAGCCUGGAAUGUAGCCGAGCUUUGAAGGAAAUGGCGUCGACAUUUCGUAAAAUGGUUCGAACAAGAUCUGCUAUUGUGCACAUUGAUAGCUCAAAGGAAGCUGCUGAAGAGCUCAAAACCCUCCUGAGAACAAAUCUUUGGGAAGAAGCAGAUUUGCUGGAGAUUAUACCAGCUGCUUCAGUUGCUUCACUUCUGCUGGAAAUCAUUGAGUGCAUUGAGAAAAUUUCUGAAGCUGUAAAUGAAUUGGCGAAGGCGGCAGCCUUUAGAAAUGGGAAUGCUACAGUCUUGCCCGAACAACCAGAUUCCAUCCACCAGGGAGAAGCCCAAAAUGAUUCUAACACUGCCAUGCCUGUGCCACAUGUUGCCAUAAUAGUGGCGGAAUAAUUAUAAUUUUUACGCGUAAUGAAAACUUUAUUGUGUAAUUUUUUUAUUCUCUAACAAAUUUUUUCUUCUGAUUUUUCAUAUUUCUUUA